AUAGAUAAAUUUUAAUUUAUUUUUUAAUGUUUUGAAUGUUUAUAUGCUUCACUUUUAUUGGGUAUCAUAAUUGUAACGCGAUUGUGUUUAUUGAUAAUAAUUUAAGAAAAAGGAUAAAUUUUGCGUUAAAAUUUCACGUGAUUACAAUUUAUAUUAUAACGUAACUGAUAUAGAUAAUUUGUCAUUAUCAAGUGUUAUCAAAUAAUAUUGGAACAGGCGCAGUUGCGUUUACGAAGAACGUCUUAAUUUCUCUUUGCGAGAAAAAAGUAAGGUUAUGGUUAUGUCACUGACUGUCAAAGUGCAAUAAUUCGUGACCGGUUCGGUGUUUAUUUACAAAAUAAUUACCAAAAAAAAUUUGAAAAAUGUCGUUGUGGAAACUAAACAAGUGUAUUUUAGAUAAAUCCAUGACCGUCGUAUCAUCUAAGGUUCCUCAAACGGGCUCUACAUUUCCAUUGCGAAGGAAUCAAACCGAAGUACAAAAACCUCCUAUUGGGCAGUCGUAUAAUAAAGAUUCAACUAUUGAUGCCGCCGACGUGAAAUUCUUUUCCCAUAAAAUGAAAGACUGGUGGAAUCCAAAUGGGGAUUUAAGUUUGCUACACAGCAUGAAUUUAAUAAGGGUGCCUUUUGUCAGAGAUGGCCUAGUAACUGCUACAAAGAAAGAUUUACAUCCUCUGAGGGAUAAAAAGGUUCUGGAUGUGGGCUGCGGAGGAGGCAUUCUGUCUGAGGGGCUGGCAAGACUUGGAGCUACGGUCACGGGUAUUGAUGCUAGCAAAGAUCUAAUUGACAUAGCCGAGAAUCAUAAACAUGUUGAUCCUAAAAUAGCGGCAAACAAACCGACAUAUAUUCACUCUACUAUUGAGGAGCAUGCUAAAUCAGCAUCCAAUCUCUAUGAUGGAGUAGUGGCUUCGGAAGUGAUAGAACAUGUAAACAACCAGGAACUAUUUGUCAAGUCUUGUGUACAUGCCUUGAAACCAGGGGGCAGAAUAUUCUUUACGACCCCUAACAGAACGAGAUGGUCACAAAUGUUUAUUAUAUAUUUUGCUGAGAAUGUACUUAAAAGCAUACCUAAAGGGGCCCAUCAGUAUGAGAAGUUUAUUACGCCUAAUGAACUAAGUUUUCUGUUAGAAAGAAAUAAUUGCCACGUAGAACUGACUUACGGCGUAACAUACAACCCAGUUACUGGCCAUUGGGACUUCUCGCAAUUUCAACAUCUGAUGUACGCCAUCCAAGCAAUAAAAUUAAGUUAAUUUUCAAAGAUAGACGUUUAUCUUAAGAAAAAUAUCGGUGUCAGAAUUUUAAGUUUAUUUGAUUUUUAACAUAAACAUGAAAAAUGGUAUAAAUUGUUACAAAAUGUACGAUUUUUAAUAGAACUGUUAAUUUAUUGCA